AUGCAGGCUACUUCGGGCUCACGGCGAGCCUACAGCCAACGCCCUUCCCCUGGGGCCGACCCUGGCCCGCCACCCAGUGUGCGAGCCAACUCGCCCGGCAGGGGCGUCCAGCCGCGUUCGUCCACGGCUUCGUCCAGAUCAGCACCAUCGGGCAGUUCGAGGCGUUCGAACCGCGAAGGUACUCCCGCCGGAGGCAGCGGCAAUGGUGGCGGUAGCGGUAGCGGUGGCGGCAACGCCAACCUGCCCUUGUCGCAGAUCGAAAAGAGCGUCACCCACCUGCUUGUGGCGACGAAGCAACUUCUCGAGACCCUGACGCAAUGGUCGCGCGGCCAGGCCACCGAUUCCCAGGUAUCCGACGUCUACGUCCGGCUAGGCUACGAGUUCAACAUGGCCUGCCGAGCCUUCACCGCCAUCAACGUCGACACCUCCGACCUCGGAAACGUACCCGACUCCCUGCGGCACAUUCUCGAAGCCACGCUCAGUCAGGAAGCCAGUGCCGAGAGCCUCGAGAAAUACUUGCCGAGGAUACGAGACAUCAUCAUCAAUCUGCUGCACGGCCUCAAGCGGAAGCAGCAGCGGCUGCGGCAAAAGCAGCAAGGCAAGGACCGCGAGGGCACGCCCCUUCCGGAGAGGACGACGAGCGUGAGCACCGUGGGCAGCGGAACGAGCGGCCUCGCAAACUUGUUGGAGGAGGGGCUGGAGAAUGGAUACCGCCCCGAACCUCCGCGCAACGAGAUGCCGCAGCAAGGCCGGCUGAGCGCGUCGCCCAGCCGCCGUUUGACCCCGCAAAGGGAGCCGUCGCGGGGCGCCGCCGCACCGGAGCAGCAGCCUUCGCCGUCGAGCGUCGCGGUCCAAGGCCCGCCGGUGCUGCCGCCACUGCCUGCCCAAAGCUCGGCCAUGCCCUCUGCCGGAUCGACGGGCGACUUGAACAUCGAUGCUUUCCCUCCCACGCCCCCUCCACCAUCAGAAAAGCAGUCGAGCGCCUUUGCGGCGCUGCAAAAGGGGGGCGACCUGGAGAGGCGAGCUUCGCGCCGAUACUCUCAGUACCAGAUAUCGAAACAUCUUGGGGGUGCUUCCAGUGCUGUGCCCAUGCUGCCGCCACAAAACACGCCAAUACCAAACAGAGGCCGGAAGGAGGCUCGCGAAUCCUUGCGUGCCGUUCAAUCUCGAGGGCCCAUCCCCCAACCUCGAGGCGCGCCGAGCCAAACGAAGACUACCGUAUUUGAAGCACCUCCUGCAAAGAUCCACAGCCGCUUGUCGGAAGAACUACCAUUGGAAUCGCCCAUACUGCCGCAGAACGCGAACCAAGGCUCGACCCCCCAGCGGCCCGAUGAAACGUACGCGCCAAGCGCUACCGUCAAGGGCCCUCUCGAGGAUCCGGCCUCCUUCACUCUGGAGCCCGAGGCCAAUGGCAAGGUAACGGUGCCCAAGAGCAUGGAACCUGUCAAGGAGGACGAAACCGAGGCCUCGUCGAAAAAGUCGCACUCGAGGGCGGGCGAGUCUUUCUUUCAGGUCUCUCCACCAGGAACCCCGAGCAAGGACCUCACCCUGUUUCUCCAGUACAAGUCCAAGGUCAAGAAGAUUAUCCUACCCGAGGGGCGGGAGGAGCUGACCAUCGGCCGCAUCCAGCUGGCCUUUAUCGAAAAGUUUUCAUGGAACAUUCAACAAAACGGUGCCGAUCUACCGGAGAUUUACAUCCAGGAUCCCCUGUCCGGUGUGCGCCACGAACUUGAGGACCUCUCCGACGUCAAGGAUCGGACCGUCCUCGUCCUCAACGUGGAGCCGUUGGAUGAGGUCAAGCGGCACAUCGACGACGGUUUGCUGGCUCUCACCAACAUCGUACGCGAAGUCAAGCAGCACGUGGAUGACCAAGGCACGGCUUUGCAGCAAGUCUCCGACAGGCAGCACCAGACUGCGAAUGAUUUGGCUCGGCUGGCCACGGCCUCGCCGCCCGUCCCCUCAUCUACCGAAGGCGUGAGGGCCGUUCCUGGUCCGGGUCGGAAGCUUAGUGCCGGUCAGCUCGGAGAGGUGCAGCGGCUGCGACGCGACCUCGCAGUCCUGCGCCAAACCUACUCUGGUUUCCAGUCCGAGAUACAGAACUCCAUGUCGAGCAUCCGCAACAAGGCGGCCAACGUCAAGGCCGCCGCCAUCAAGGCCGCCGUUCCCGAUAUCGAAGGCGAUGCCGGCUAUUCCUACGUCACGAACGGACGCAAGCAGCUCAACAGCGACUCCGACUCGCUCGUGGCCAAAGUCGAUGACCUCCAAGACCUUGUGGAAGAUCUGCGCAAGGAUGUUGUGCAUCGCGGCGUGCGACCACUGCCGCGACAGCUCGAGAGCGUCACGAAGGACAUUGUUGGCUUGUCCAAGGAGCUCAAGAGGAUGGAGGAUUACCUGCUCCAAGAAAAGCCCAUCUGGACCAAGAUCUGGGAGAAGGAGCUUGAGGACGUGUGCCAAGGGCGAGAUGAGCUUCGUCUUAUGGAAGAUCUGUUGGUCGAUCUCCGUGAUGAUUUGGAAAAGGCCGGCGAGACGUUUACCCUCGUCGAGCAGGCUACCAAGGAGCAGAUGAAGGAUUCUGGCACGGGCGCAAGCGCAGGGACGGCGCGCCAAUUUUCCAAGGGCCUAAACAACCUCGGCAACAGCCUCGACCAGACGGCCGCCAAAGAGGAUGUUCUGAGCGAGGUCAGAGCCCUGCUGCCCAAUCACGAGGAUCGGCUGGAAGCGCUCGAGCGCGCAGAGAAGCUUCGGCAGAAGGAGCUGGAGGGACGGAGAGGCAACGCUCUGCAGCGCGAGAUUGCCAGUUUUGUCGAUGAGGGCAAGCUGAAGAAAUCUGGCGGAUUUGAGGAGGUCGAGCGGGCUCGAAAGGCCAAGGACGACAGAAUCCGUCGCGAGGUCUGGGAGCGCCAGAAUGGCAUGAUCCCCGACGACCCCGUCGGCGAAGAUGUGCAGUCAGAGAGCGGCGCGGCGGCAGAAGAAGAAGAAGAAGAGGACGAAGCGGUGGAGGCGGACCCAUCUGGGUCUGGAUCUGGGUCCGGCAAAGCCUCGCCCAAGCCUGAAGAGGACUGA